GGUGGGGCGCGUUGCUGUCAAGAAAGAUGGCGAAAGAAGAAUGCGAGGUGAAACGGUUAGAUCGAGUAGCAGCGGAAAAAAGCCCCGAAACCCACGGCCCUGACCCGGGAGACUUGAGGCGUGGAGCUCGGGAGCUGGCAGCUUUGUAUUCAUCCGGAAAGCGUUUCCAGGAGUGGAUAUCUGUCAUCUUCUGCUUCUUCUUACUCAUCUUCAACUUCUAUCACCUGCUUGUCCACUUCCACAUUGAUCAUAUUUCCUUCAUGCUGACUGGUGUUGUUGCAGGAAUUCUCUCAGCAGACUUUGCCUCUGGCCUAGUGCAUUGGGGUGCAGACACGUGGGGGUCUGUUGAGGUCCCUGUUUUUGGAAAGGCAUUUAUUCGACCUUUCCGAGAGCAUCACAUUGACCCCACAGCUAUUACCCGGCAUGACUUCAUUGAAACAAAUGGUGACAAUUGUAUGCUGACAGUUGUGCCUUUAGCAAACAUGGCCUUAAAAUUUGUUUCCCUCUCACCAGCGGAGAUCUAUCAUACCUAUUCCUGGGAGUGCUAUAUAUUUGCUUUUGCUGUCUUUGUGACCCUCACAAACCAGAUCCACAAGUGGUCACAUACCUACUUUGGCCUACCCAGAUUUGUGACACUUCUCCAAGAUCUGCAUAUCAUCUUACCCAGGAAGCACCAUCGCAUCCAUCAUGUCUCGCCACAUGAAACCUACUUCUGCAUCACUACAGGUAUAAAGGUUCCUCGGAAUUUCCGACUGCUGGAAGAGUUAGAAGAAGGUCAGAAAGGAGUAGGCGAUGGGACAGUGAGCUGGGGUCUGGAAGACGACGAGGACAUGACGCUUACUCGUUGGAGGGGAAUGAUUAUUGGACCACCCCGGACGGUGUACGAAAACAGAAUUUACAGCCUUAAGGUGGAAUGUGGCACGAAAUAUCCCGAGGUGCCUCCCUUUGUGAGAUUUGUCACCAAGAUCAACUUGAAUGGAGUGCACAAUUCAAACGGGGUGGUGGACACCCGUGCAGUGCCAGUUUUGGCGAAGUGGCAGAACUCCUACAGCAUCCGGGUGGUCUUGCAAGAGCUGCGGCGACUCAUGAUGUGCAAGGAAAACAUGAAACUCCCACAGCCCCCCGAGGGACAGACCUAUAGCAACUAAAUGUCGGCAGCGGCGGCCAGCUUUCACUGUUUUUUGUCCACCACUCCUUCCUUCCGUCUUUCUGCUAGCGGCAUUUGUGCGGGCUUCAAUGAAAUUUUCAGCCUCGCAGUGACACGGCUGAGGAGCGCAGACAGAAUUCGAGUGAGCAAGAGAGACAGGCAAAUGGUGACCUUUGGCUCCACAGGAAAAAAAAAAAA